AGCACUGAUACACUGAUAGUGCCAACUGCCAGUUUGAUGUAUUCAACGAAGACAGAAAUGAUGACACUUUCUCCAGAUUUGAAGAGAACUUGGAAAAAAUGGGACCUACGAGUUACUGUUAUGCUUAGCCUCAUCCUCCAAAUUGUACUCAUCUUUCUGGGUAACCGCAGAAAGUAUAAUCACAGGUUUUGGAUCAAAUUUGUUUUAUGGUGUGCCUACUUAUCUGCAGACUCCAUAGCAACUGUCUCCCUUGGUGUCAUCUCAAAUAACCUUGCCGAUUUAUUUGAAGACAAUGCUGGAUACAUUCUUAAUGCUAACAUUGAAUUAACAGCAUUCUGGGCACCAUUUCUUCUUCUCCAUUUGGGUGGCCCCGACACCAUCACUUCUUAUGCCCUUGAAGACAAUGAGCUUUGGCUCAGGCACUUCCUUGGACUAAUUGUCCAAACAGGAGUCGUUAUUUAUGUUCUCUCCAUGGCUUGGACAGGCUCUUAUCUGUCGUUUCUCUUUAUCCUAAUGUUUUUUGCCGGGCUUAUCAAGUAUGGAGAACGCACUGUGUCACUUUGGAACGCCAGCAGUGAGAAACUUAGAAAGAAAUUCAAAAGUUUACACAAAAAUACGGAAGAUGAGGUGGGUCAACGAAUUCUUAAGCAACACGGUAGUAAGGAUGAAGAAGGGUAUUUAGUGGGAACAGACAUGAUCACACCAUUUGAUUUUCCAGUGGAUCUCUCUGGGGCUUGUGGCAACAACGUUAACGACAAUUCUGUUUCUGAUGAAGAUCGAUUAGUUAUAGCUGGCUCACUGAUGAAAGUAACUAUGAGUCUUUUUUCAGAUACAAUACUUACCUCCACAAUCAAAGAGACUACUCACUAACUUUUCAAAAACAUGUCUGUUGAAAAUGCUUUCAAAAUCAUUGAAAUGGAAACUGCAUUUACAUUUGAUUUGCUUUACACCAAGGCACCUCUACUUUAUACUCCUUGGGGCUUGUUCCUUCACUUCGUCACCUUCUUUCUUACCUUUCUAGUGCUGUUAAUCUUCGUUUUUCUUGCUCUCAAUCACAAACAUAAUUAUUCAAAAAUUGAUCUUUUCGUAACAUUUGGUUUGCUAAUUGGAGCUAUUGUUUUAGAGAUUUAUGCAGCACUAGUACUUCUCUCAUCGGACCGUGCUGUUGUUUGGUUUUGGAAACAUAACAAGACUUCCACCUGGCAUAUCCCUUCUUGCUUUCAACCAUCUAAAGGCCCCAGGUGGUCAAAUAAAAUGGCUCAGUACAGUCUGCUUAGCUUCUCCAUGAAAGAAAAAACCCAUCUGUGUCUCAAAAUCUUAAAGACCCUGCGCUGCCUCAAAAUCUUAAGUCUCUUCAACAUUGAUAAAAUGCUAGAAGAAAGUUUGUAUGUGACCUAUGAGGAAGUCCCAGAAGAGUUGAAGAAGUUGAUCUUUCAGAAUUUAAAGGAUAAAGCUGCAAAACGGACACGUGUCACCGAAAAUCAGGCUACCCAAGUUGAAGAACCUACAAGCAGUAGAAAGUCUGAAGGAAUUCCGAAUUUUGGAGAAGAUCUUUCGAAGCGCAUUCUGUUUUGGCAUUUUAUUACGGAAAUUUCAUACUACAUGGAUAAAAGCCAUAUUAAAAGUGAUCCAAAUAUUCAUUUUAGAAAGUAUCCAAACUCUAAUAGUAAAUUAAUGAAGAAAAUUUCUAGAUAUAUGAUGUAUCUCUUGGUCAUUCAUCCUUCUCUGUUAUCGAUCGGGAUGAGUGCAAUUAGCUUUGAAGACGAGGUUGAUACAUUGGUGGAUACUUUCCAAACGAUGAGAUCCGAAGGGAAGAAAGGAAGAAACGAGAUGCUCACAUAUUUGGAUGAACAUGGACUUGGCGACAAUAAGAAGGGAGUUUUACGGGAUGCAUAUUCCUUUAUGAAGAGAAUGAACGAACCAGACCAGAAAAUCAAGCUAUGGGAUGAAAUUGGUUGCUCUUGGUUGGAAUUGCUGGCAUAUGCAGCACGCAAGUGUAAAGGAAGCCUUCAUGCUCAAAAUCUGAGAUUUGGUGGAGAAUUACUUACUCAUGUAUGGCUUCUCAUGGCACAAUUUGGCUUAACCGAGCACUUUCAGACAUCAGAGAAACUUCAUAUAGCAAGGCUGGUCUCGGAAUAGGGGGCAGACUGAAAGGAUUUCAUAGUUGUGAGCAACGGGUUUAAGUUUUCUAUCAUAUUAGAUUUCAGUUGGCUCUUGUUUGUUUGUGUAUGUGUUUUUCUUCAUUUCUGGCUAAACUAAGGAGAAUAAUUGUAAUAUUGGGAAAUAUUGUUU